AUGGCUCGCCAUGCUCUACAACUGAACGACACAACCUAUUGGUGGCACAAGGGCAUUAAUCACGCCUCUGCAUGCAUGCGGUGGCUGGCGCCGAUCGCCCCUCACUCAAUCAACCUCAACUCCCCUUCGCCGGCUCCUGUUGUCGCCGAAGUGGAAAUCCGAGUUCAAAGCGACCCUACCUGCAAGACCUACGUUCGAGUUAUCUUCGUGCGCGCUGUCUACAUGGUCUAA